AUGCCGCCGCGCACGCCGAUCCCUGUGGUCAAAGUGGACCCCUCCAAGCCCGCGUGGGAGCAGGAGACGCCGCUGCACAACCGUUGGCACCCGGACAUCCCCCAUGUGCGCGGUCACAUGGGCCCCGCGGCCGCACCGCCACCACGCGUCCGCUCCGCCCGCGCCGGCGCCCUUGCCCAUUGCCGCAGGCGCCGGGCGGCGGGCGGCGGGACGCAGCCGAAUCGCCUGGUUGCGAAUGUCGCUGAGGUGACUGAGGGCGACCUGUUUCGGGUGGAGUGCAUCGACUGGACGGGCGGCCAGAUCAAGGACGACGAUAGCGCCCUGGACAUGAAGAAUGUGGACCUGUCCGUCAUCCACUGGCUGUCGGGGCCCAUCAGGGUCGUCGACAAGGACGGGGAGCCUGCCAAGCCCGGCGAUCUGCUGUGCGUCGAGAUCUGCAACCUCGGACCCCUGCCGGGCGACGAGUGGGGCUACACCGGCAUCUUUGACCGCGACAACGGGGGCGGCUUCCUCACAGACCACUUCCCCAAUGCCGGCAAGGCCAUCUGGCACUUUGAUGGGAUCUAUGCGCAGUCCCGCCACAUCCCAGGCGUGCGCUUUGCCGGCAUCAUCCACCCGGGCCUCAUCGGCACCGCGCCGUCCAAGGAGCUCCUGGACAUCUGGAAUGAGAGGGAGGGCGCCCUGGUGGAGGCGGGGCCAGAGGCCACCACCCUGGGCGGCAUCCUGCACACGCGGCCCCUGGGUGUGGGGGCGGGGGGGGGUGGUACUACUGCUGUUGUUAGCAAUCUGGGCGGGGCCGCCUUGGAGGGCGGCGCGGCGGCCGGCGUAGGGGCGAUGCUCGGCGGCCGGCGGGGUGGCUGGGGGGUUGCAGCCCUGCUGCCGCUGGCUAAGGGCGCUUUCCUGGGCAAGGUGCCCGCGGACAGUGAAGACUUCCAGCGCAUCGCGUCAGAGGCCGCGCGCACCGUGCCCGGCCGCGAGCACGGCGGGUGCGCGGCGGGGCGGGCCCCCACGCAGCGGCCGCCUGCGAGCGGGGCGGACGCGCAGUGCGCCCCCGUUGUCCACCCCUGCCCGCGCCGGCAGCCGGCCUGA